AUGUCGUUGGGUGAGAGGAAGUAUUCCGACGGACAGAAGCAUGUUUCCGAGCAUGGCUUUCAGUUCGACCUGCGUUUCAACAACCUUCACGGAGUUGUGGGACUCAGGGGCAACCUGGGCAAAACAGAACUGAGAAGUCAGAAGGUUACGCACAGGAAGACCCCUCAUGUUCAUGAGAGACUCACUGAAGGGACGGCCAGACAUCAUGUCUUGGGCACAUAUGUAGUCGAUUUGGAUCAGGAGGUUUCACACUGGAAGACUGCUCAUAUUCACGAGAGAUUCACUGAAAGCACGACCAAAGUUCAUGUCUUGGACAAAGAUGUGGUCGAUUUGGAUCAGGAGGUCACGCGCGGGAAGAUCGUUCAUGUUGACGAAGCACUCACUGGAGUGACGGCCAAAGCUCAUGUCUUGGGCAACGAUGUGGUCGAUUUGGACCAGAAAGUUGCGCCCGAGAAGACCGUUCAUGUUCACGAGACACUCAGUGGAGUGACGGCCAAAGUUCAUGUCUUUGGCAAAGAUGUGAUCGAUUUAGACACAGGCUCGUACCGAAAGAACACCCUGUCCACAGAGUCGUCCAGCUUCUUCGAAACUACGGAGAUUUCCCAACAGUUCGACGGAAUCAAAAUUCUCGGGGUGGAGUUCACCUCGCUGACGGAAACGGUUAAGACGAACCGUUUUGGCCUGGGUAACUGCGAGCUGGUCACAAUGGAGACUCGCGAGGGUCGUGCGCCUACCUUCAGACCUGGUGAGGAUGCUCACAUGAUUUCUGGAGCAGGGCUUGCCGGCGGCCUGAACUUUGGUUUCGACAUGUUAGAUGGCAAAGGCACAGGCGAGGCGCUGCAGCAUGGUGUGCAAACUUCUGCUGGGAAUUUUGCGAUUGCAGCCGCGAUGAAGAAUCUGAGUCUUCCCUGUGUGCUGGUGGAUGCCGAGCAAGGGCACAUUGACAUGAUUUUGCUGAAUGGCUACGCAGUUGGUUUGGGUAAGAGUUCAAAGUUUCUCAGAACGCCAGAAGGAGACAUCUGGCAGACAGACACGGGCAUUCAACUCGGAGCCGGUGUUCCUGGUGACCCCCUGCAAAACGUGCAGGCGGAAGUCAGGCUGGGCCGUAGUGAGACGGAGUCACAGUCGAAACAGUCAGACGACUCCGGGUAUGAGGAACAACAUUGCACUUCAAGUUCCGAGGGCUUUCAGCUGCAACUGCAGGUCUGCAACCGCGCCACGCCAUCGGCGACAUUUGGCUCCACGCACAAGGAGGUAAGAGGCCACGGCUAUCACCAACACCUUGACAGGUCGAUCACACAUGAUGACGAAUCAGUUUCCGACUCCUUCAGCGUUGGCAUAGCAUCCUGGGGCAGCUUCGAGGAGUUGGACCAGCAUGUGGAGACGUUGAACAAUGGAGGGCAGAUCCUCCAGUCGGAGCAAUUCUCCGCACAAACUUGGGGCCUUCAUCUCGGCUUGUGUGACGGCGAACUUGCACAGGGCUCAUUCAGAGACGAGAAGCAAGAGCUUUCAGGGUCUGGGGAUGUUGUGCAUGAAACAUUUGAAGGAAGCGAGACACGUACCAAUUCGUCCUGCUUUUUCGGCUUGUGCAAAGGAGAACAACAUGUGAACAAGCAUGGACAUGUGCAUCGAAGUGAAUGCCAUUCCUCUUCAGACAGCUCUUGGGGCAUCACCACUAGUUCCUCUACGAGCACAGAUGAGGACUGGGAGAGGACUGUAUGCGACAAGCAGGUGACAGACAGCCCUGUUCAGCACAAAGUCGUGCAAGAGCACACGGAGAGCCACCUCUCGUGCGGCCUUUCAUUGCGCGAUCAUGAGCGGUCAGUCGCCGUCGGCACAGGCAAUGGGCAGCAGCAAGAGGACGGCAUAGAUCGCACUUGGGAUGGCUCCGAUGAGUAUCACAUACUUAAUGGUCGUCAACUCAGUUGCAGUCGGAUCGUUAAAGCUCCGGGUGUGGGAGAACGGCACCAGAACAACUUCCUCUUCAGCAUUGAGACCCGGGGUAGAAUGCAUUUCGAUGACAUCCUGGGCAAAGUGGUCGCCGACGAUGUCGAGGUCACAGGCAUGGAGUCUAGUGCUGCAGUGAAGUGCUUGAUUUUGGUCCUUGUGCCGGAAAUGAUGCACGGCCUUCAAAAGACAGGGCAGGUGCUUCGUCCGGAAGCACUACCGAGGAUUUUUGAAACCUUCAAAGAGAGAGCAGUCUUUGGGACAGCUUCUGGGCUUUUCUCUGUUGCGACCGGUGGCCUCCACCUUUUUCCAUUCCUUCGCUUCGCGGAGGCCUGCCGGAAGAUACAAGAAGCCUUGAAUAGCGAGGGCCCUGAUGAUGAGAAGCGGGCCCAAGCCGGGGAGGUCUUGAAACGAUUGAUAUCUCAAGAAGCGCAGGCGCUCAUGUUCAUCGCCGCCACUUCGUUUGUGCCAAAUUUUGCAACGCUCGUCGCUUGCCAGUGUGUGGUCACGUCGUUGCACGAAUCCGGACAGGCAGGAACUCAACCUGUCACCAAGUAG